AUGACCUGGUCGAAAACGCUUGGAGUCAGCUUGGCAGCCGCCUCUUUGGUUGGCAUCUCUCAAACCAACGGUUUUCAAGGGCAAUUUCGGGAGAGUUCGUAUUCCGUUGAAACAAAAAGGGCACAAAAAGCAACGGAGUUGGUGGAACGAUGGAUGGUAAGUGGUCUAGAAUACCGUGGAAUCUCUGUAUAACGAAUCGAAAAAAACCAAAAUAAAUUUUUUUUAAAUUGUUUGUUAUAGAAAGGUUUUGUUGUAGACAGGGUUUUUCAGGCAAAAGGGGCAUUUUUAGAGAGCUGAAAAUGUUUGUUAUAGAGAGUUUUUGUUACAGAAAGAUUUUUUAAAAAUGUUUGUUAUCGAGAGGUUUUGUUGUAGAGAGGUUUUUACCCUAAAAAUUGACUUUUAAGGGAACUGAAAUUAUUUGUUAUAGAGAGUUUUUGAUGUAGAGAGUUUUCAAAAAGAUGUUUGUUAUAGAGAGGUUUUGCUUUAAAGAAGUUUUUUCACCCCAAAAUUGGAUUUUUAGAGAGUCGAAAUUGUUUUUUAUAAAGAGUUUUUGCUGUAGAGAGGUCUUCAAAAAAAUGUUUGUUAUCGAGAGGUCUUGUUCUACAGAGAUUUUUUGACCUAAAUUUGAAGUUUAAAACCGAUGAAAUUGUUUGUUAUAAAGAGUUUUUGUUGUAGAGGGGUUUAAACAAAAGUGUUUGUUAUAGAGAGAUUUUGCUCUACAGAGAUUUUUUGACGUAAAUUUGAAUUAUAAGACCGCUGAAAUUGUUCGUUAUACAGAGGCUUUUCAACAAAAAAUUUCAAUUUUUCAGAAGGUCUCAGGUACUCCCGGCGCAACCGUCGCUGUCUCCGUCGACGGCCGGCUGGUUUAUUCGCAAGGUUUUGGGCUGGCGGACGUUGAGAACUCGUCCAAAUGCCAUUCAAACAGCGUCAUGAGAAUUGCGAGCAUCAGCAAGCCGGUGACCGCAACCAUCGCCGCAAAAUUGGUCGAUAAUGGGGCUUUGGACUUGGAGAAGUCCAUUUAUGUAAGUUGCAUGUAUGGUCCACUAAAGUUGAUAACACAAUUCCUAUCUUUGAAAAUGAUAUUUCAGGAGUACCUCCCCGACUUUCCGAAGAAGAAAUGGGACGGAAAAGAAGUUGAUAUCACGGUUAGACAGUUGCUUGGACAUCGAGGCGGAAUUCGGCAUUAUGAUAAGGUAAGAGAUGAAACAAAGCGAAGUUUCAAACACGCUUUUAAAACUUUUUUUGGCAAUAACCCCGCUGUAAGACCCUCCACAGCGAAACCUCCCUAUAACACACAUAGAAUGCCUUUAUAUUUUUUUCAGAAUCCCGAGACCUCUCCAGACGAGCCCCAUCCCAAAACGAUUGAUGAGUUAUACCAAUCGUAUAAUGAGAAGGAGCCAAAAUACGAAUUCUUGCUUCGGAAACGCUUCGAAAAUACGACGGAGGCUUUGGAAUUAUUCAAAAAUGAUGACUUAAUCAAGAAACCGGGUAAGUUGAAAAAGUCGUACUUAAAAAAAUAAACUAGGAACCCCGUAUUUUACCUACAUAUAUAUUAGUUGAAAUUGCCUAAAAUUUCCUGUGACACUUUUUUACAGAAAAAACUCUCUAUAACAAACACUUUCAAGGGUCGGGGAAAGUCAAUUUUAAGUUAAAAUAAAAGUUUUUACUAUGUAUUCAUAUGAUGUUUAUACGAAACCUAACGGAAAAUUUCCAAAUUUCUAUAAACCUCCACAACAAAACCUCUCUAUAACGACCAAUUUCAAGGGUCUUGAAAAUCAAUUUUUAUAACAUCAUCAGCCUGUCGGGAAAAUAAUGGGCACUUGUUUUUAGAGACCUCCAUAAUAAAACCUUUCUAUAACAAACAGUUUUUAAGGUUUCAAAAAGUCAAUUUUAUAACAUCCUUAGUCUGUCGGGAAAAUAAUGAGCACUUGUUUUUAGAGAUCUCCAUAAGAAAACCUCUCUAUAACAAACAAUUUCUGCGGCUUUGAAAAGUCAAUUUUUCGACAUUAUCAGUCUGUCGGGAAAAUAAUGAGCACUUGUUUUUAGAGAUCUCCAUAAGAAAACCUCUCUAUAACAAACAAUUUCUGCGGCUUUGAAAAGUCAAUUUUUCGACAUUAUCAGUCUGUCGGGAAAAUAAUGAGCACACUGUCGCAUCGAAAAUCAGAUCGCCGCCGAGAAAACGAAUUUUUUCGCGGAGAAAAUGAAAUUGCUUUUCAGUUCAGCGAGCGGCAUAAAAAAUUGUGCUCAUUAUUUUCCCGACAGACUGAUAAAACGCCAAACCGAAUCUUCGUACAGCGAAACCCUUACAUAACAAAAAAAAAUUUUUUGGUACCUUGCGAGUCGUUAUGCAGAGGUUCUGCUAUAUUUUACUCAUUUUUUAUAGUCGUACCUUCGUAUUUUCCCAUUUUUUAGGCGACUUCAGCUACACGACUCAUGGAUUCGCCCUUCUCGCGGCGUGUCUGGAAAAAGCCUCCGGCAAAUCGUUCAAAAAAUUGGCCUCCGAACUUUUCACCGAUCUCGGCAUGAACAGCACUUGUUUGGAUGUGAACGACAAAAUUAUUUCGAACAGAGCCCGAUACUAUCGAAGAAAUCGAAAGCAUGAAUUGGUCAACGUGCCGGAAGUGGACGUCUCUUACAAACAUGCAGGCGGAGGGAUCUUGUCGACUAGUCAGGAUCUACUCAAAUUGGCAAAUGUUGCGCUGGCUAGGUGAGCUAUUUAAUAUUAUCAGUCUGUCGGGAAAAUAAUGAGAAAAAUCUCGCUUCGCCGCUGAAGUGAAAAGCAAUUUGAUUUUCUCCGCGAUACAAUUCAUUUUCUCAGCGGCGAUGCGAUUUUCGAUGCGAUAUAGUGGUCACUAUUUUCCCGACAGACUGAUAAAUGAAAAAAUCGAUCUGCAAUUUCGGACAUGCAUUACAGUCAGAUCAAAAUCAGUCUGUAAUGAAUACUAGUCCUUCCGGAAAGUCGCGGAAGUGAUUUCUGCGACACGCACUGUGCGAAAACAAAAGUGUUCUUUGCACUGUGCAAUUUCUUGCUUUUUGCACCGUGCAAUGGGCAUUUUCCCGCUGUCUCACCCUGACCUUUUUUGCACAGUGUAAACGCCUAAAAUCAGCCCGGCAACUUUCUGGCAGGACUAGUAACAGUGUGUCGGGAAAAUAAGGAACAACUGCCGCAGCAAAAAUCGCAUCGCUGUCGAGAAAAUAAAGUGCGUCGCUUCAUUUUUUUGGCAACUUUCCGGAGGAACUACGAUAAUUCUGGAGGCCUCAAGAGUUUUCUCCAAGUCUUUGUUUGGAGGUAGAUCACAUUUUCCAACGGAAAUAUUCAGCAAAUCUUAUUGUUAGAGCAAGCCCCUAGAGUCAGUGUUAAGCCAAAAAAGUUCUGUACAACAAAACCCUCCUAUAAACAAAAAAAAGCGAACAAUUUUUGACCCGCUGAGGAACCUCUUGCAACCUUUCUUUUCAGCUCUCUAGGUGUCCCUGGCGCAUACCUGACUCAAAGUACCAUGAAGGAAUUCCUGAAUGAGAAGUAUAGAACCGACGACUACAAGCAUUUUUACGCUCUCGGAUGGAUGGUCACUCCGGAUACCAAACAAGUUUCCGGGACAAAACAAAAUCAAACCGGAUACUUGUAAGUUUGCCAAGGGAGAUGUACUGUGUGAGACUCGCUGAUUUUUUGAAAACUUUUGACAUAUAUUGGACAUGGGGCGUCGCGACACUUUCGGGCAACCACUUUGCGGCCAGCCGACAUUUUUUGAUUAGAAUUACAAUUUUCCUCCCGUAAUCUACGUAGUACGAUAGAAAUUGUACAUUGACAACUCCUUGGCACUGAUAAGUACAAAAAUCUAUUCAAUUCAUCCACUGCGUUCAAAGUUAUGGGAUUUUGUUUUCAAAAAAUGAUAAAAAAUGCCUGGAUAAGCUUAUGACAGCUAUUCAAGCCACUUAUACACCUGGAAACUUAAUCCGCAACAUCCAGUUGUCAAUCCCAUCGUUUGAAUUUCCAGUUGUAAGCAAAUUUUGGCCGAUUUCAAGACAUGUCCGCAGAAUCUCCGUGGUUUUUCAAGCUGCCCGCAAAGUGGUUGCCCGCAGGUGUGGGCCCGCCGGACAUGGACCGCAUAUCAACUGCUGAAAAUUUUAGCUCUCGCUUUGCAGCGGCAGCCGCGAUAUUCAACGAGCUUUGCCGUCAAGAGAAUAGCCAAUUUGCCAAAAAACGUCUUGUUCUCACCAAUUUUUGACCUAAAAAUUUUACUCAUUUCUGUUUGGUAAAAUGCGAUUUGAUGACAUAUUAUCAACAUCUUUUAUCAGCCCUUUGAACCCUGCAAUUUGUUGUACAGAGAGUUGCACUAUGAUAAAAAAUCACUCUAUAUUUUUCUAUGAUCGUUAUAUUUUCCCAUUUUUCAGCUACCACACCGGAGCCGCGACUGGCUGCAGCUCGUUGGUGCUGUUCAAACCGACAACUUUGAGCUCAACCAAACCCCCGGCUGGGCCGAAAGGAGUGUGCGUGACCAUUCUGGCCAACUGCCAAGAGGUUUAUGAUGACAUAACAAAACUCGGCGAAGAAUUAGUCAAUGUUUUUGUGGCUGAAUCGGGUGAUUUGUGA